UGAGUUUUCGUUCAGAGUAAGUUGGUCCAGUCAUCUGUAACUGUGAAGUUUGAUUCAUCGGUGAUCAGUCGUCUAUAUCUGCCAGUCAUCAUGUUGAUUUUACUCGCUGCCAUUUUCAUCCUCCACGUUGCCUGUAUCACACUACUGCUCACCGCCACCAUACAUAAUGCGUGGUGGAUGACAGACACAAUUUCCACAGAUAUUUGGGCUCGUUGGAUUCUGAUGGGUGGACAGUGGAACUACACUCACAUUCCUGCACACUAUCCUCAAGAGUACCUGCAGGCGGUUCAGGCCAGUUCAAUACUCGCGUGCAUCUUCUGCAUUCUCGGCCUGUUUGUAUUCGUAGCACAGCUGUACACACUACCUAAAGGAAAACGCUUCUUGUUCACUGGAGCCUUCCAGCUGCUCGCAUGCUUGUGUAUAAUUAUCGCAGCAUCCAUCUAUACCGAAAUCUUCCACAAAGACGAGCGUGACGGCUGGUAUGGAGCGUCCUUCAUUCUCGCCUGGAUCUCCGUCUGUCUCACCUUCAUCUCGUGUGUCACCUACUUCAUUCUGCGCAAGAAAACAGCAGUGUGAACACACACACACACACAUACACACACACACACACACAGGCUUGAUGUAUAUUCUAUUAUAAAGACAUUUUUUAUGAUUCUUUGAAACUCGACUGUUUGAAAGCAUUUGUAUAUGUUCUGCAGAUUAUACUGAAUUAAUGAAAUUGUAGAAACAGUGAUGGUCUAAAUCUGCCAUUAGUUUGUUAUAAAUGUAUUCUAAACACUUGUUUUGAGAAUAGAGGGAGGGUUGUGUUAACAUACACUCGAUUGAUCAAUUAGAGGCACUUCUGAGUACUGUUAAAGUUUGAAAAAUGAAACUUCUUUAAACUUAGAAUAAUAUUGUAACUGAAUUAAAAUGUUUAGAUACUAACAGUUUUGGCAAUAUCUGUAAAUAAAGUUAUUCUCAGAUUA